GUGAAAAAUGCGACCUAGACAAGCGCAUUACAACAUGCUUGUAUUUGCUUUAUUUAAUGGACAGGCAGCGCCGAGGUAGGCACUGUGGGGCUGAUUGAUUCAAUAGUUGCAUAUUACACAUAUAUGCGUGCCAAGUACUCCGCAGUUCUCCAAGAAGAUCCCGUGGACGGGCCUGGGUUGAUCAUGAAGAUAUUAUCAAACACACAUGUCUCGAUACCCAAGGGUGGGCACGCGUGGAACGAGGUUACUCUGCCGUCGGAUGGCACUUCGAGUUCUUGCUAUCGCAGGCGCGAACCGGUUGAUAGCAAUAGAAACCGGUUUCAGGGCUUGGUUUAUUGGAAAGGACCCUGGAUGGCCGGCCUGUUUAUGACGACAUGACGGAUGGCCGCUGCCGAUGGUCAAGGUCGUCCGGGGCUUCGAGACUCGAGGGGAUGUCGCCGCCUCACAGACCUGUAGACGACGUGUAAACACAGUCGGACAUUUUACUCAUGCAUCCCAUCCUAUCGAACAAGGCUUCGUGUUCAGACUCUCACCACCUACAAGUCGUGCUAGCUCCUAGGAUCACAACCAAAAUCACACACUCCGACCCUUGGACCCUUGCUCUCGUACGCCGACGAGCAUCCGAGCAUCCCCAGAUUGAAGCAUCAUGGUCAACUCGCUGGACUUCCAGCUCCAGAACCAGACCAACUCGGGCCAGGUCUGGGCCUACAUCACUGGCAUCGCUAUCCAGAAUGACUGGAAGCGCAUGUUCCUCAAGGCCAACGGCCGGGACGUCUACUAUCCGGAGCAGGUCUCGUCCAUCGGGUCGCCCCUCGCAGCGGACUGCGCGAUCCCCCUCGGCCCCCCGGGGAACACCGUCUCGGUCCACGUGCCCCAGAUCGCCGGCGGCAGGAUCUGGUUCGCCUGCGACAGCAAGCUCCAGUUCUUCCUGAACCCCGGCCCGGCUGUUGUCGAGCCCUCGGUGCUCAACCCCAGCGACCCAAACGCCAAGGUCAACUUCACCUUCGCCGAGUUCACCAUGAACAGCGACCAGCUCUUCGCCAACAUCAGCUACGUGGACUUCGCGUCCCGCAUGCCCAUCGCGCUGACGCUGCAGACAGCGGGCGGGGGGGUGCAGCACGUGUCGGGGAUGGCGGCAGACGGCAUCGACAAGCUGUGCGACGGCCUGCGGCAACAGGCGCAGAAGGACGGUCGGCCAUGGGACAAACUCAUCGUCCAGCCAAAGGGCCAGCCGGUCCUCCGGGUGCUGAACCCAACACACGGCGAGGCGGUGGGGGCCAGCUUUGCCGGCUACUUUGAGCCAUACGUCGAGGAGGUGUGGCAGAGGCACAGCAAGAGCCCGAUGCGUAUCAACACUCAGGCCGCCGCUGGCAUGGUGGCCGGCACCGUCAACGCCAAGGGCGAGCUCGUGUUUGGCAACGAGCCCUUCCGGAAGCCCAACAGCGCAGACAUCUUUGGCUGCAACAGCGGGCCCUUCACCACGGGCCCAUCGCCGUACCGCAACAGCAUCAUCCCCCGGCUGGCCGCUGCGUUCCAGCGCUCAGCCUUGCUGGGCGGCGACGACCAUCCGUCCGACCCCUCGACCUUCUAUCGGCGCGACCCGACCAACCACUACUGCAGGAUCUUGCACGCCGUCAACCUCGACGGCAAGGGCUAUGCCUUUGCCUACGACGACGUCCAGCCAGACGGGGGAGCCGACCAGUCGGGCAAGGUCAACGCCGGCGAUCCCACGGCUUUUAUCGUGGCAGUCGGCGGCAACAAUGCGUACGCUGGAGAUCGCAUGCCGCCAUCACCAUCAGCCCCUCCUGUCCCUGCCCCUGCCCCUGCCGCUGGCCCUGCCCACGGCUCGCACGAUGGUGCUGGCGAUGAUGCGCAAGCAGCCCCAGCCCAGGCCAGGCCUCACCCUGGCAGUGUAUCACGUAUCAAGCGGCUCUCGGCAAAGGCGCAGAAGUGGCUGAACAGGUGAGAUGGGUCCCGCCGAGCAGGCUUGUUUUGCGCCGUUUUGCAACACUUGGGUGGUUUGACGUAACGUCGGUUUUGGUGCGCUUCCGCAGUAUAGACAGCUUUGUGAUACCCUUACUGUACAACAAUCCUAUGCAGAAUCCUACCCAGACAUUGAAGAGA